UACUGUUGUAUUCUAAGCUCUUUUGUUCAUCUUCAUACUUUAAUCUUUCCAAUAAAUUAAUUCCGAUUUUAUUAAGCCAAAUUAAUUUUUAAUAGAUACGUAUUUUUUCGAAUAUAAUAUAUUGUUUUACACAGAAUACAUAAUUUGAUUUAGCAAUGAAGUUUUUAUGUGUAGUGUCAAUAUUAUUGGUAUUUACUAAUGCCAAUGAGUAUUAUCCGUGUUAUGAAGAGACAGAUCAAUAUUGGUAUUUUCCCCUAAAAACCACAUACAAAUCGGUUUCUUCGAAAGAAAUUGAAUUACCAGAAAGUAAUUGUAUACCAGUUAAACUUUUUAUGGUUAUCAGAAAUGGCACAUCAAAUGUAUCAAAACACUUUAUAGAAGAACAUUUAUCGGAGAUUCAUCCUUAUAGAAAUAUAAUUACUGAAAACGCCAAAAUGUGCCAAACAGAUAUUGAAGCCAUUAAAAAUUGGAAAUCAAUUUUCGAACGAAAAGAGUUGAACUACAAGUGUUUGACUAAAAAUGGACGUGAGGAAAUACAUGAACUGGCGUUGAGAAUAAAAAAUACUUUUUUAGAUAUAUUUAGUAAACCUCAAAACUCUGAUAAUUAUAAUAUAUUGGUAAUGCCAAAUGAAAAUUGCCAAGAAACUGGAGAAAUAUUUAUUCAAACUAUUUUUGGAAGUACAAAUAUUGAUAAGUUUAAAGCCGAUGACAAAGAUAAUCAAAUCUUAGAAAAGCUUGAAGAUAUUUCAUUUACAAUAAAAAAAUUAACCGAUUAUUAUUCUUCGGAAAUGGUUAAAUUUGGUAAAAGUAACACUAUGAAAAAUGUUGUACAAAGGAUAGCAGACAAGAUGGGUAUUGAGCCUGAAGAAAUUAAAGGAAUUAUUAAAAUUAUGUAUGAUGUAUGUGGCUACGAGAGGUCUUAUGCGGAAAAAGUAAUUCCAGCUUGGUGCAGAGUAUUCUGCCAAGAAGAUCUUGAAGUAUUAGAGUAUUAUGAUGAUCUGUAUUGGUAUUAUGCCAUUGGUUAUGGACAUAACGAGAAUGGCCGAUGGGCUUGCCCAUUGGCUAUACGUCUUCUAGAUAGCUUCAAGACAACAUUUUUUUUGACAGAUACAGGUCCAUAUGGUACAAUUAAUUUCACGAGUCAUGAGUUCGUGUUGAGCAUGUAUUUCUUGUUAGGUAUCGGCAAAAACGAAAAGAGAAGCAAAAAAAAAAGUGACAGGGAAAUCAUAAUGGAUUCCUCAAACUACCAUUCCAUGAAGGACCGUAAUUGGAGAACAUCUUUGUUCAGUCCAUGGGCAGCAAACGUCACGGCAGUGUACUUCAAAUGUAAUUACAAUUGGUAUUCACCAACCUUGUAUAAAAUAGCGUUUUAUUUCAACGAAAAAAUUGUGGCUGUGCCGAUGAAGGGCGGUUCUACAUGUGAGGUAUGUUUAUGGCCUGUUAUCGAAGAGAAGAUAAACAUAUUUAUACAUAACUAUAAAUGCCAUAAGUUUUUGGAACCCGAAAAUAAAGAAGACAGUAAUGAAGAUAGUAAAGAAGAAAAUAAAGAGGAAUCUAUUCCAAUCGAUGAAUAAUUUUUAAUGGGUAUUGCAUUACUUAAAUGGUUCUGCACUUUUCCACACCUUCCACCUUCAGUGGGAAAUUAUCUCAAAUAUUGGCUCCGAUGCAAAUUGGAGCUUCAAAUUAUAAAAUUACCUACCAUAUCAAUGUUACGUAAAAAUUUAAAUACCAUUAUAACCUGUAAUCUUCCUUGUCAAUCGCUUAAAUAUUAAAACCGGAUGUCCUGAUCCCUUAUAAAUUGCAAAGUUCCCUCACGUCCUCCUUGCCUUACAGUCCCUUUUUACACUUCUUAGCAACCAUAAAUUAUCUUCAUAAUUCUCCCAUUAUCCGUUAACGACCAUAGCUAACACCGAGAAAUGUUUUACUUUCAGUUAAGUUUCUUUUUACUGGCAAUAUUUUUACUUACGUUGUAUGCUUACUUUGCGAUUGGUGUUAAUUUACUAAUUAGUAAUUACUAUAGUUUAUCUUAAUUUUUCU